AUGGCUUCGGUGUCCGCCGUGCUGCCGCAGCGCUCUUCCUCGCGCACCCGAGAAUAUUUACGGCUCCAGCGCGCCGCCGCUCGCACAGUUCCGCUGCAUUUGGAGGGGCGUGCGUGGUGGUGGUGGUCCAGCAGCGGGAGGACAGGCGCGAGAGCGGCGCACGGCAUGGCGGGAUCAGGAGAGGGGAACAAUAACGGCCGCGUGCCGGUGGGCGAUGAUGCUGCGACGGGGGCGGGGGUGGUAAACGGCAGGCGUGGUGACUCCCUGCUGAGUGAUCCACGGCACAACAAAGGGCUUUCGUUCACGGAGAAAGAGCGGGACGCGCACUACCUGCGAGGAUUGCUGCCUCCGCUCGUGCUGUCCCAGGAUCUCCAGAUGAGGCUGCUGCAGAAUGUUCGGCAGUUCCAGGUCCCGUUGCAGCGCUACAUGGCCCCUGUGGACCUUCAGGAGAGAAACGAGAGGCUUUUCUGCAAGCUCCUGAUCGACAAUGUUGAGGAACUGCUUCCUGUUGUGUAUACACCAACAGUGGGGGAGGCUUGCCAGAAGUACGGGACAAUCUUCAGACGGCCGCAGGGUUUAUAUAUCAGCCUCAAAGAGAAGGGGAGGAUUCUGGAGGUACUGAGGAAUUGGCCAAAGAAGAGUAUUCAGGUUAUUGUCAUGAUGUUAUAGCUGUUCAUGUCUUUCCUGUAAUCAUCGUG